GAACCAAAAUACCAACAGUGCACAGGGGAACCCUCCUUAUCCAAGGUUGGAGUUCUUGGGUUCAAGUUGGUUUUUGACCUCGUAUGACAAUGGUUUCUGGGUGAAAGAAUUUCAGAGAUAAUAUCACACAGUGAUUACACACACUUUCAAGAAAUCUUUCUUUCCCAAAUCCCAUAUCCCAAUCCCAAUAUCAUGGCGAGCAUGAUGGCUAUAUUCAAGUUGUCGCCUUUCUCAUCGGGUGUUCCACCAACGACUGCUCAUUCUUCAAUUUCAUUAUCUUCAAAGAAAUUCUUUCUCCCUCUGAAGCUUUCUCCACUGAGGAAGUCCAGCCGUUCUACAUUUCCAAGAAUUUAUGCAUUUUCUAGUAAUGAUAUUAAGGUGGGUUCCAAUGUUGAGGUAGACGGUUCUCCAUGGAAAGUUAUAGAGUUUCUUCAUGUGAAGCCUGGUAAAGGGGCUGCUUAUGUGAGGACUACACUACGUAAUUAUGUGACGGGAAAUUCUGUUGAGAAAACUUUCCGAGCUGGAAGCAAGAUUGAACUAGCAGAGAUUUCUAAGGAGACAAAACAAUUCACAUACAAGGAUGGUCCGCAGUUUGUUUUCAUGGAUCUGACUUCGUAUGAGGAAGUUCGUCUUAAUGAGUCCGAUAUGGGAGAUAAGACGAAAUGGCUAAAAGAAGGCAUGGAUUGCAUUUUGUUGUUUUGGAAGGGAAAGGUUAUCGAUUUUGAGCUCCCAAUACAGGUUAAGGUGACUAUAGUCGAGUCUGAUCCUGGUGUGAAAGGUGAUAGCGCUCAAGGCGGAACAAAACCAGCCACAGUGGAAACAGGUGCUGUUGUGAAUGUUCCUUUGUUUGUAGAAAGAGGUCAAGAAAUUAUCGUCGAUACGAGGACCGGGCAGUACGUGAGUCGUGUAUGAAAACGUUCCCUUAACGGUUUUUCCGCAGAAAAGUUUUGCUCAACCACGAGUUUCUAUCGUAGCUUUAUAGAUCCUAGAAGGGUAUGUUAGUAAAUUCACUGUGAAAGGAGAUGUACUAUACAUAUUGUAUGAACCAUGAAUGUACUCACCUGAUAGGAACUUAUUUUAUAAGAAACUUUCAGAGUUCUUUUA